AGAAAAAGGAGCGCAGUACCGCUUCCCGGGGGCGUGGGAUGUGUAUUUGGCCGAGGGCCUCCGAGGGUCUUUCGCCGCUGCUUUUCUAAUUUCUUUGUCAUCAAUUUUCGUCUGACCACCUCUUCCGCCUUCAACACCGGUAAAUACGAGUGGAGAGGCUCAGAAAUGCCCGUUAGUCGUACUACAACUACCACACCGGCCACACAAACACCACAACCCAGUCAAGUAUCUAUUGGGAAAAAGCCGAUGACAUACAAUCAGACUCAACAAGCUCAGCAACAGGCGGCACAGGGACAACCAGGACAACCAGGACAACCGGGACAGCCUCGUUCAGCACGGGCGGCGUCCAAAGCGCCGAUGAAUCCCAAUCAGAACCAGUCUUAUUCGAAUAAUCAUCAUCCGAGUGGCGGUAAUUCGAAUAGUUCCAGUACCAAUUCCAAAGGUCGGCCACCAGCGACGUCGGCCAAUGGCACGAAGAAUACCAGUGCUCAUAACAGCAAGAUCUGGUCGACUAGCUCUGUUGAAGAACGCGAACGAAUCAAAGAGUUUUGGUUGGGUCUAGGGGAAGAGGAACGACGAAAUCUGGUCAAGAUUGAGAAGGAUACGGUGUUGAGGAAGAUGAAGGAACAACAAAAGCAUUCUUGCAGUUGUGCUGUUUGUGGCAGGAAACGUAACGCUAUCGAAGAAGAACUAGAAGUGCUAUACGAUGCCUACUAUGAAGAAUUAGAGCAAUACGCUAACUACCAACAACGAUAUGUUUCUUCUGGUGGUACAAUUCCUCCUCCGCCCGGACCAGGACCUUUCCCUGGUUCCGUCGAGCUCGAUAAAAAUGGGGCAGUUGUCGGGCAUCCCGGGCAUCCACAACACGUAGCUCCUCAUAAUCAUCGACCCAACAACGCCAACGCCAAAGCCGUCAGAGGUGGAAAAGCACAAGCUCAACCGCAGCGUACCAAUAUUCCUGUUAACGGUCGAGGAAAGCCAGGAAAACAUCCACCGCCGGAAUCUGAAUUUGAUGACGCAGACGAUGAUCCAAACGUCGACCCAGACGCCGAUCUCGAUGACGACGAGUAUGAGGAAGAGGACGACGACGGUGAGGAUUAUGAGGAAGAGGACGAAGAGGACGAGGAAGAAGAUCCUGAUCCUGAUCCUGACGACGAAGAACUCAGUCCUAAUCCAAAUCUACCUGCGCAUCCCGGGGUGAAUGGUGUUGGAAUUGGUCGUGGACGAGGAACUCCCGUACGGCCUGGAACAACGCCACAAUUAGGUGUAAGGGGUGGUGCAGGAGGCGGGAGGGGGAGAGGUCGUGGUGCUGAGUCACCAUUGAAUGGAACUGAGAAUGGGAAAAACCAAGGAAGAAACGGUCUAUUCAAUCUGGGCAGUAGUCUUACUGUUACAGGUCCUGGCAACAUCCUCACUGUCGCCGACGAUCUUCUGAAGAAUGAUGGUCAAAAAUUCCUUGAGAUGAUGGAACAGCUCGCUGAACGAAGGAUGCAGCGCGAGGAGGAAGCUGUGGGUGACCUCGAAGACGACUCGGAAGAUGAGGAAGACGAGGACGAUGAGGAUGGCGGUGAGGAUGAGGAGGGUCUGGGAUCAGAGGAUGAUGAUGAGGAUCUGGAUAGAAGAAGGCGACGGAGGAGACAGAGAGAUGUGGAGGAUGAAGGUAGCGAUGACGAAGAAGAUGAGGAGGAUGAGGAAGAGGAAGAGGACGAAGAAGAUGAAGAAGAUGAGGAAGAGGAGGUAAGUGCGGUUCCUUCUGUCGGUGGUGUCAUUUAUGAUCGUUCCCAUUCACUCGCUCCUCUUGCGGGCUUUGAGGAAGCGGUGUUAGAUUUUUGUGCUCACGCGAUGCCACCUAUGUUAUUCCACCCAUCGCGCUCGCUGACUGCUUUCAAUUUUACCUUUUUCACUCACAGGUUAUGACGGAAGAGCAGAAAAUGGAGGAAGGCAAACGCAUGUUCAGUAUCUUCGCCGCACGUAUGUUCGAGCAGAGGGUUUUAAAAGCCUAUCGUGAAAAGGUCUCGUUGUUCUCCUCCUUUCUGGAAUUCCAUCCUGAUAUUCUUAUGGCAUCGUUUUACAGGUCGCCCAAGAACGUCAGUUACAAUUCUUGCGGGAGCUCGAGGACGAAAAUAAAUCGAUCAAGGAACGUGAGGCUAAGAAGCAGAAUGCGAAC